AUACUAUACCGGUGGGAGGCAGCAAUGCACUAAAACAGUGCCGAGACUGCCGGAAAAAAAGAAGAAGAAGACCAGAAAGCAGCACCAGUCGCAAUCGGAGCCGGUGAACAGUUCUCCUAGGAUUUUCGCAUUAAAUAAUCAAAACGACGUACGCAAUGAGAGGGGACCGCGGCAGGGGCCGGGGAGGCCGCUUCGGGUCCCGUGGAGGACUAGUCCAGGGGUACCGUCCAUUUGUCCCACACAUCCCAUUUGAUUUUUAUGUGUGUGAGAUGGCCUUCCCCAGAGUGAAACCUGCACCUGAUGAGGCAGCUUUCAGCGAGUGUCUGCUGAGUAGAAACCACGACCUGAGCCCCACGCCUGCAGAGCAGUCCUCCAUCUUGUCCCUGGUCACAAAGAUCAACAAUGUCAUCGACAACCUGAUUGUUGCACCUGGCAACUUUGAAGUGCAAAUUGAAGAAGUGCGUCAGGUGGGCUCUUACAAGAAGGGCACCAUGACAACAGGACACAAUGUUGCUGACCUGGUUGUAAUCCUGAAGAUCCUCCCUACACUGGAGGCAGUUGCUGCUCUAGGCAACAAAGUAGUGGAGACCCUUCGCACGCAGGACCCUACUGAAGUGCUGUCCAUGCUGACCAAUGAGACAGGCUUUGAGAUCAGUUCAGCUGAUGCUACCGUCAAGAUCCUCAUCACCACCGUCCCUCCCAACCUGCGCAAGCUGGACCCUGAGCUGCACUUGGACAUCAAGGUGCUGCAGAGUGCCCUCGCUGCCAUCCGCCACGCCCGCUGGUUUGAGGAGAACGCCUCUCAGUCAAUGGUGAAAGUGCUCAUCCGCUUGCUGAAGGACCUGAGGCUGCGCUUCCCUGGUUUUGAACCCCUCACUCCCUGGAUCCUGGACCUGCUGGGCCACUCUGCAGUGAUGAACAACCCGUCUAGGCAGCCGCUGUCCCUGAAUGUUGCUUACAGGCGCUGCCUACAGAUGCUGGCUGCUGGACUCUUUCUGCCCGGCUCUGUGGGCAUCACCGAUCCCUGUGAGAGUGGAAACUUCAGAGUGCACACAGUCAUGACUCUGGAACAGCAGGACAUGGUGUGUUUCACAGCUCAGACACUGGUGAGGGUGCUCUCACACGGAGGUUACAGGAAGAUCCUUGGCCUCGAGGGAGAUGCCAGCUACCUGGCAACAGAGAUGUCUACAUGGGAUGGCGUGAUCGUCACUCCAUCAGAGAAGGCCUAUGAGAAACCUCCAGAGAGGAAGGAGGAGGAAGACGAAGCUUUGGAGGAGGGAGGAGAUGGAGAGGAUGAGAGCAUGGAGACCCAGGACUGACGCAGAGUUCAGUGCAUGUUGGGAAACGUAUCUUUCAGCUGGAUUCCAUGGUGUUCCGAUGUUGGAGCAGCAGGAAAAAUGGUCCGUUUGACGGCCACUGUUCUCAUUUGUCAGUUUUUAUUGUUCUGUUUUUACUUUCCCUUUGUUUGGUUUUUACUCCCUCUUUGUAACAAUAACAUCCCCAAUUAAACCUUUUUUUUUUUAUUUUUA